AUGGAGAAUGAUUCGGAGAAGCCAGCGGUGGGGCCAUUGAGAAGGAAACCACCGACAUCGCCGAUCGGUCCACCCAUCCCGAUUUAUGUCUCGAAUGGGGAAGCAUACAUCUGGGCAGUUGACCAGGUCGAACGGUUGAGGAUUGAUUAUCAGAUCUCCGGGCUCCUCACCGGCACAUUACCGCAACUGGCUCAACAGAACGUGUUUCUUGGACUGCCCUUACAGCUCAUGCCAGAAGAAGUUGUGGUCCUGGUAGAACUAGGCAUAGCGGUUCUAGUUGAUGAUCUGAAAGCGCAUCGGCCAGCGACGGUCGAAGAAUCCACCGAAUACCAAGCCAGACGGGAUCAAGAGAUCGCCGAGGAGCGACGGUUGACGGCCAUCCGGGAAGGCGAGCGACGAGCGGCAGCCCAAGAAGUCUACCGCUCGCAGAUCGCGGCAGCAGACCAGAAGCGUCGGGCGCGUCAACAGAAACCACCAUCGCGGACGGAGGAUGGCGGUGAAGGAUCAGAAGAGAUCCAACAAGGAAUGCUUGUCCCGGACGGUCUCGAUGAGAAAAGUAAGCCGGCCAUCAGCCCGGUCCAGGUGCCCUACUUCGUCCCCAUCCAUCUCCAAUCCCACACGCCCACCCAUACGCCCGACCACCCUGACGUCGUCCACCAUCAACUCGACUCGGCUCGCCGGGCCGGCCUCUGGACUUUCCCUGAUAACCAAUUCCAACGCGCCAGAUCCGCCGUCUUUUCCGCCCUUUGGAGACAAGGAAUGUUCUUGGGCAUCGGGCUGAAAUUCGGGUGCGAUUUUCUUGUGUAUCCGGGCGACUCUCUCCGCUUCCAUUCUCAUUUCGCAUGCACAGUCGUCCAAGAUCCCCACAAGCCGAUCGCCCCGCUCUCGUUAGUCUCCUACGGACGACUAGCGACGGCCGUCAAGAAAUCUCAUCUGCUCGCUUGUUGGGACGAGCACUCCCAAGCCGUCCGCUUCUUGAGUCUCGAAUGGGCCCGAGAUGGUUUCUAA